CCCUAUCUUUCUUAGACACACACACGCCCAGAAACACAAACACGAUGGACUCACCAGUGGAUUUUGUUACGAGUCGGAGACCCCCUGCCUGGACACUACUGCUGCUGUUUCUGCUGGAUUUGCUGUUGACAAGUGAGCAGUGCAGUGUGGGUAAGCCUCAGGUGGAUCCCCUGGCCCUGCUGGUGAGUUACGGAGGACCCGCCCAGGCCACCUGCAGCACCCGUUUCCAUGUCGACCUCAUAGCCUGGGAGGGCACCGUCGGAGGCAAGACCGAGAGCCACAAACAACAGCUGGCGUGGAGCGUGCCUCGCGUCACCGACUGGUCUCUGAGAGGCGGAAUGAAGUGUUUCACAACCUCCGAGGAGCACGGGCAAUGCGAGACACACUUGCCCAUCACUAUUUACAAGAUUCCCGACAAGGUGUCCCUGUCCUUGGUCUACCCGCCGGCCCCCGCCCCUCUGAUUGAGCACCGGCUCUUCACGCUGUACUGCGAGGUUCACAACCUGGCUCCCCUCUCCGGCCUCUCCAUUGUGUGGUACAGAGGAGGCCAAGAGAUAGACAUAGCAGCCCGGGCCGCAUCUCUGCCGCUGAUGACGACCGAAGGAAACCCAGAUGAGGUUGCCACGGCGAAGCUUCGGGUAGACCUUAACGUUUCCCGUGACGACCAUGAGGUGGACAUCCAAUGCGCUGCCCGGCUGCAGCUGAACACCACUCAGAACAUACCAGAGACCCUCUCCGGCAACAGCAUCAACCGGGUAGUAUAUUGGAAGCCGCGCGUGGUCAAUGCCAGUGGGGAUGUGGUGCUCCGUGCCCACAACAGACUAGCCCUCAUGUGUCAAGGGGAGGCCUACCCUGAGCCCAGCUACCAGUGGAGUCACCAGGGGGUCGACUUGGAUGGCGAGAACAACAUGACGCUAGUGAUCGAGGCGGUGAACGGCAGCCACGCCGGGGUCUACGAGUGUCUCCUCAGCAACGCAGUGGGGCAUGCGGCCGUCACCAUGCGAGUCACAGUAGAAGAUGAAUUAGAGGUCGAGGAGGACUCAUCAUCGCCGUCACUACUCACUGCACUCUUGGUGGCCCUCAUUCUGGCCAUCCUGGGAGCAGCCGGCGGCGUGUUUUAUCUGGUCUACCGCAGGAAGACCAAGACGGACAGCUACCAGGUCCAGAACCAGAACCAGAAAGUGAAGUUGACUGCAAUCAGGAACAGCUGAAGAUAUAAAAUUCUUUUUAAAAAAAAAUCUGACUUUAUUUGACAGGACAGAGUGAGAGGUGGACAGGAAGCGAAUGGGGAGAGAGAUGGGAAAGGGUCGGCAAAGGACCUGGGAAUCAAACGUGGGUCAGCCGCAUGGUAGACAAGUGCUACCGGUUGGCCACGGUAGGGCUGAAGAUGAAAAGUCUUGAGGCUUUGGUCUAAUGCAGGAGUGGGGAACCUAUAGCCCUUAAGACCUGUCAUAUCCAGCCCCAAACACAAUUUUAAUGUUAUGCAGUUUCACAUGAAAUGUGACCAGUUUUGUAAGUAAAUGUUCAAAAUCACAUUUGCAAUACAAUUAAAGGGACACUGUGUGAGAUUUUCAGUUGUUUAUUUCCAGAAGUCAUGCUGCCCAUUCACUAAUGUUACCUUUUUUCAUGAAUACUUACCACCAGCAUCAAAUUCCAAGUAUUCAUUAUGACUGGGAAAA